CAGAUGACCAGAAAAACGACGGCUUUAAUUGUGGCAGUCGACUCAGACCAAGGUCAGCUUUCGUCCUGCCGAGCAUGUCCACCUGAUCCUGCGCACAAUUGCCUAGUGUCAGACGAUCAUUCAAUCUAUCGGGCAGCAUACUCAGCCUGACUACUAGCGCUUCGGGUCUUGGUCAUGUUCUAGGACGAUACACACGAUCCGACUGUGUCCAGCGACAAGCAGGACACUCGCAACAUAGCCUUUUCGAUGUCCGAGAUCUGUGUGAUUCCUGGCGGCUCCGCCUUUUCCGACUUUCGUCGCCAGGCUCUGGCCGCACAGAUUGGGGUGAAAGAUGUUCAAGGACAAUACGUUCACUAUGUUGAACUGGUCAACGACCUUGACUCAGAGCACCGUACCCUAUUAGAAAAGCUACUGACCAACGUCCUCCAAAACAAUGGCCUCGAAAGACAUGAUGGCUUAUCCCAAACCUUUUAUGUCUUGCCUAGACCAGGCACUAUUUCACCUUGGAGUACAAAGGCAACCAGUAUUGCCCAUGUUUGUGGGCUACGACAUAGCGUUCGUAGGAUCGAGCGCGGCAUCAAACUCAUCAUCAAUUUAGAAGAUGACAAGACGUUGGAUGUGGCCGCCUUGAAUAUUCUUCACGACCGAAUGACUGAAACAAUCUCUGAAGGUGAGCCAGAUCUCGACAUGCUUUUCCUACACCAGGAAGCCGGUACGUUGGGAACAUACGACCUCUACAAGGAUGGCAAAUCACCUACGGAGGUCCUGGAACAACUGAAUAAGGAUCUUGGCCUGGCUUUGGACCCUUCAGAAAUACAUUAUCUCGCCGAGGCAUAUGCCAAAGAUGGGUCUGUUCCGCGAAAUCCGACAGACGUCGAACUUUUCAUGUUUGCUCAAGUUAAUUCGGAACACUGUCGACACAAGAUAUUCAAUGCAACAUGGGUCAUCGACGGUCAAACCAAGUUCAAUACACUCUUUGGCAUGAUCCGGAACACCCAUAAGGUGACCAGUGAGGGAACCAUCAGCGCGUACAGUGACAAUGCAGCGGUGCUACAAGGCAGCCAAGGAAGUCAAUGGGCUCCGGAUGAUGUUAACGGGCAGUGGAAAGCUAUCAAGGAAAGAGUUGAUUUCCUGGCCAAGGUUGAGACCCAUAACCAUCCUACCGCUGUCUCGCCCUUUCCAGGUGCAGCGACAGGUUCUGGUGGCGAAAUUCGGGAUGAGGGUGCAACUGGACGUGGCUCAAAACCCAAAGCCGGCCUCACAGGAUUUACCGUCUCUGAUCUACUGAUCCCAGGCCAUCACCAACCAUGGGAGCUUGACUACGGUAAGCCUCAUCACAUAGCUACCAGCUUGGACAUUAUGCUUGAAGGACCUAUUGGUGCAGCAGCUUUCAACAAUGAGUUUGGCCGACCUGCAACUACUGGUUAUUUCAGAACUUUACUCACAGAGAUGAAAACUGGCAAGGAGUCUUCUGAAAUCAGAGGUUAUCAUAAACCCGUCAUGAUUGCUGGUGGCGUGGGCACUGUCCGACCUGAACUUGCCCUGAAGAAUCCUGAUCUUGUCAAGGAGGGUGCAAGGCUGAUCGCACUGGGCGGUCCGGCAAUGCUUGUAGGUCUAGGUGGUGGUGCAGCAUCUAGCAUGGGCUCUGGUGAGGGAUCUGCGGAUCUGGACUUUGCCAGUGUCCAACGAGGAAAUCCAGAGAUGCAGAGACGAGCACAAGAGGUCAUCAACGCUUGUGCAGCCCUUGGCCCGGAAAGGAACCCAAUCCUUUUCAUCCACGACGUUGGUGCUGGUGGACUUUCCAACGCUCUGCCAGAGUUGGCAAAGGAUUCGGGACUUGGUGCGCAGUUCGAACUUCGUGAAGUCGACUGCGCGGACAAUAGCAUGAGCCCUCUUCAGAUCUGGUGUUGUGAGGCUCAAGAGCGAUAUGUCCUAGCCGUCAAUCCGGAUGACAUGAACAAAUUCAGAUCGAUCGCAAACCGAGAACGAUCGACGAUAUCUGUCGUAGGCCAUGCCACCAACGAGCAGGCACUGAAGCUCACCGACCGCAACAACCCUUCAAAUCAUGGUCACCAGGAUCCUAUCGAUCUGCCAAUGGAUGUACUCUUUGGCAAGCCCCCCAAGAUGACCCGCACAGUGACAUCUAGAAAGGUCGACCUACCAGCAUUCGAUACCAGCCUGAGCAUGUAUGUUCCGCAAGCAUCUACCCACGGGUUACUCGAAGAAGCCAUCGACCGCGUGCUGCAAAUGCCCGCUGUCGGCUCAAAGUCUUUUCUCAUCACCAUCGGCGAUCGUACUGUCGGUGGCUUGACCGCUAGAGACCAAAUGGUCGGCCCCUGGCAAAUUCCCGUGGCGGACGUCUCCGUGACGGCCACCUCACUUACAUCUGACAUCAAGACUGGCGAGGCCAUGGCAAUGGGCGAACGACCGACACUCGCCCUCAUCUCCUCUACUGCGUCGGCCCGCAUGGCUGUCGCUGAGUCCCUGAUGAACCUGACGGCGGCAGAUCUACCCGAUCGCCUGCAUCAAGUCAAACUCUCCGCAAACUGGAUGUCGGCAGCCUCGCAUCCUGGCGAAGGUGCAGCGAUCUACGAAGCCGUGGAGACAUUGGGCAUGGACCUGUGCCCACAGCUCGGCAUCGCCAUUCCCGUCGGCAAAGACUCUAUGUCCAUGAAGAUGAAAUGGCAAGACAAGGACACCAACGAGGCCAAAGAAGUCACUGCCCCGCUGACUGUCGUGAUAUCCGCAUUCGCACCGGUCCUCGACAUCAAGAAGACAUGGACGCCACAACUGAAGCGGUACAACGAAGUCGGCGAGUCGACGCUCUUCUUCGUCGACCUGGGUCUCGCACACCGUGCCAUGGGCGGUUCCAUCCUGGCCCAAUCCUUCAAGCAGAUCGGAGAUGAAUCUCCCGACAUCCGCUCCGUCAACCUCUUCAAGGACUUCUUCGACGCGACUCAGCAGCUCCACGAACAAGACCUGGUACUGGCCUAUCACGACCGCAGCGACGGCGGUCUCUUCACCACCCUCGCAGAAAUGUCGUUCGCCGGUCGCUGCGGCAUCGAACUCAUGAUCAACGACAUCUGCCCCACGCCAAACACGCCGGACGUCGUCUCGUGCCUGUUCAACGAAGAACUCGGCGCCGUCUUCCAAGUCCGCAAGGCCGACGAGAACAAGUUCAAAGCAUGCUUCGCCACCUGCGGCCCUCCUCCAGGACUGAUCCACAAGAUCGGCCGCGUCUCCACGAAGUCGAGUUCCCAAAACAUGGCAAUCUACCACGGCGGCAAGCUGAUCUACCGCGGCGCCCGAGCAGAACUGCAACAAAAGUGGUCAAACACCUCCUACUGGAUGCAAAGACUUCGAGACAACCCGGGGUGCGCGGACGCCGAGUACGCCAACAUCGGCAACGACUCCGACCCCGGUCUAUCGUACAACCUGACCUACAACCCCAAGGAGAACAUCAACAGCUACAAGACGAGCCUGCUCAGCAUCGUCCGCCCCACCACGCGGCCGCGCGUCGCCAUCCUGCGCGACCAGGGGACCAACGGCCACGCCGAGAUGGCCUUUGCCUUUGACGCCGCCGGCUUCACGGCGGUGGACGUGCACAUGAGCGACAUCCUCGACCCCAAAUCCCACCAGACGCACCUGGGCCUGGAGCACGACCUCGGCGGCUUCACGGGCCUCGCGCUCGCCGGCGGGUUCAGCUUCGGCGACUGCCUGGGCGCCGGCCAGGGCUGGGCCAAGAGCAUCCUCUUCCACCCGGACGCGCGGCGCAAGUUCCGGGCCUUUUUCGAGCGCCGCGACACCUUCACCCUGGGCGUGUGCAACGGGUGCCAGGUCCUGAGCAAGCUCAAGGAGCUCAUCCCCGGCGCCCGCCACUGGCCCAGCUUCGAGCGCAACGAGUCCGAGCAGUACGAGGCCCGCGUGUGCAUGGUGCGCAUCGUCGCCGACGACGGCGGCCUCCCGCCGAGCGUCUUCUUCCACGGCAUGGCCGGCUCGAGCCUGCCCAUCGCCGUCGCCCACGGCGAGGGGCGGGCCUGCUUCGCCGACGCGGACAACGGCAACAGGGCCCUCGACGCGCAGCUGGCGUCCGAAUUCGCGGCGUCGCACCUCGCGCCCAUCCGCUACGUCGACAACCGGUCCCUCGAGCCCACCACCGCGUACCCCGCCAACCCGAACGGGAGCCCCUCGGGCAUCGCGGGCGUCCGGAGCGAGGACGGCCGCGUCCUGGCCUUGAUGCCGCACCCCGAACGGACCAUCCUGCAGGGCGUCGGCAGCUACAUCCCCGACGGCAAGAGCACCGAAUGGGGCGAGUACGGUCCCUGGGCCAGACUCUUCCAGAGUGCGAGAAGAUGGGUAGGGUGAGAGUAGAGAGGGUUUGGGAAGAAGGAAUUCCCAGGUCUUGUUUUUCAGUUCCAUCAUUUGUUCCGGUUACUUUGAUGAUGGUUUUUGUGCGCCCGUGCUGCCUGUCGAGGGGUCAGUUCUUUUGAAAUUCUAGAUCAAAUCAAAUUGAUAGCAAAAGAUAAUAGAGGUAUUGAGCCACGAGGCUGAUGAGUUUACGGACGUGGCAUUUAAUAAAAG